UCGGGGGCAAGAACAUGACAGUGAGUCUUCCACGGGAUUCUCUGCGACGGAAAAUUCAUCUCCUUAGGCGACGUUCCUCGAGACGAAGGCGAUCAUGGCAGCCUUCGAUUCGGCCGCCGUCAAGUCUGCGAAUAUCAGACUGGAUGCGCUCGAGUGCGUCUGAUACACGUUUUCGUCACUCAAGCUCUGACUUUUGUGCCUGUCCAGAUUAGGGAAUGAGGCGGAUCUGUACAAAUACAACGGUCUGCGAUCGUCCAGCUACAGCAUAUCCAACUACAUACCCGAAUGGAUCUCAUUUGCC